AUGAUACAGGGAAAUGAAGCUGUUCAACAUCGACGCAAUAAACCCAAGUUACCUGAGAUCAAGCUCCCAAGUUUCAAUGGAGAAUAUACAAAAUGGUUGUUUUUUAAGAACAGCUUUGAAACUACCAUACAUCAAGACAACGAUUUGUCGGUCAUGCAGAAACACCAAUAUCUCGUUGGAGUAUUGGAAGGAGAGGCAAGAAAGGGCGUCGAGGGAUUCACGAUCAGUAAUGAAAAUUAUGAGAACGCGUGGCAGUUACUUAAAGAUACGUAUGAUAAUCAAACGAUGAUAAUUGGAACUCAUUUGAAUGAACUUUUGGAUGUUCCAGUGAUUUCAAAGGAUAAUAAGGCGGAUUCAUUAAGACAAAUGAUAUGGCAUAUUAAGACACAUAUCGCAUCAUUAAAGGCACUGUCACAACCAGUAGAAUAUUGGGAUACCAUUGUUAUUCACGUCGCCAAGAAGAAGCUCGAUUUUAUAGAGCAACGAGAUUAG